AUGACCGUGGCGGAGAUAGUAGAGGUAGCUGGAGCAGAAUGGAACUACACCAUGGUCUUUCGAGGUUCUGAAUUCAUUGUGACCACGAAUUGCUUCACUGCGCAGAGAGAUUUGCCGCCGGCGCUCUACUGGGGACAGAUAGACCCUGUGUCUCCUCGGGAGGAGCUUCCGCUCUGCAUGAUUGCUUUUACGUGGCUUCAAGCUUCGUCGGUGUCUUAUUCCACAACAGGAGGUUUCGCUCGUGAUGUGACCAUCAGAGUGACUGCCCUCAGAGGCGACAGCUUCAGCCGGUUGCCUUCGGUGCAGUUUUCGCUGUUGAAUUUGGUGUCCCUAGCUGUGUUGUUGUCCAUCCCCCCAGCCUUCACCGGUCUCUUGGCGCGCAGUGGUCUGGGGCCGCUGUCCAAGAUCUAUCGGCAAGCGACUCAGGAGAAAUUCGACAUGCCCAUGCAGCUGGCCACUGCUGGGUUGAAUUCCAUUGCCAAUGUCGCGACCUUUGGAAGUUUGGCCAGCUCCACUUUGUCCAAGGAGGAACUAAAGGUUUGUUUGAGGGAUGCCAUGGCCACCUCAACAAAGAACUUGGAGGAAAGAGACCUGGACCGCUUGACCAAUUUCAUUUUUGCACCUUGCCUUGGGGUUCCCCACGAUGUUGCGCUUUUUUGCGCUUCUUUGCGCGACGUGCAAUGGCUGGUGGUUCGAGACGAACCGGACUGGCCCUACAACUCCACCAACUUGGUGGGAUCAGGUGGGCGAUGCUUUUCCGAGGAGCAGAGCUACCUAAGACGGAUGGCGGGUCUGAUCAUGGCACUCAUCUGGGUGCUGAGGAGGACAUUGAAGGUGGUCGGAACCGUCUUCUUCCACGCUCAGAAGCUGGUUGGGAUGGCGCCAGAGGCAGCAGACGUCACCUUCAUAGGACCUGGCACGGGCACGGUGCCUGAGACAUCAGCUUUGCGGAGCUUCAAGCGCACAGGUGAGCAACCGAAACUGGUAGUGGUACGGCGUGGGAAUGCCACUGCAGUUUUUGGACUGGGAGGCGAUUCACAGAGCAUUCGAACCCAUGGUCUCUACGUCCCUGUGGAGCCAGACACCAUCCGAGGCGAUCAACAACUUGUGGAGCGGUUGAAGCGAUCCGACAGAGUUCAUUUAUGUCGCAACGCUGCUUGCACUGAAGAAGGGGGGGAACACUUCCUAGAGUAUGGCGUCGUUUGCAAGUUCAACCCGGAGCGUUUCCAGUCUGCACAGGCUCAUCAGGGCGCAGUGGAUGCCGGACGAACUCUGUGGAGCUGGUUACAACCACCCAAGGUUGGAAUGGGUGUGAAUCGCUUGGUGAACAAGGUGAAGGAGUACGCUUCUGAGUCUGAAGCUGAGGACUCAAUGCCAUGCGCUGCUGGGAGAAUCCGCUGGAAUGGAACGAAUGGGAUCGAAUGUUUAGCACCUAGUCGAUGUACAGAUGAGGGGCACACGGAGGCUGAAGAGGGCGACGAUGGCUAUGAGGAGGACGAGGACAACGGCCCCCCCACAGCGCAGACGUUGUUGCGGGAGCCUUGCCAAGAUUGGCAUGCUGGAUUCGCCUGGAACCGAUCUUGGGAGCUGGAGAAGUUCAUGGAGAGGUAUGCCAUGAGACGAGAUGAGGGAGUGAGGGAGGAUCAGGUGAGAUUGAAGAUGUGCCAGGAGCAUUUGAUGUCAACAGGAGAGCUGCUCGCAGAACUUAUCAAAGAAGGUGAGGAGGAACAGAGCCGAGGACAGAGAGGAUUGACCCGGUUUCUCAACUGCUGGAGGCGAGCCAUUGAGCAGGAGACCAAAGGGAGGAGCCAGCGUUCUGAUUCCGACUGGAGUGUGGUGAUGGGAAAGGCUGAGACCCCCUUGACGAGCCCUGAGCAGGUCUCUUACCCCCCGGUCCCUGCUUCACUAAAAAGACCCGAGGCUGUUGAGAAACCCCCGACUCAGAAGAGCCCAACUGUCAAGGUCGAAGGUACACCAGGCGGCAGUUCGACAUCGGCACAAUCCCCAUCCAUGCCAGGAGGAGAACCUCGAGAAGUACGUGUGGCCCCACCUGGUCUCUACAAGAAUGACCGCAAGGCCGGAACCGGAGAAACUGCUGAACCCAUGGAGAACAUCGCCAGGGCAAUUCAGAGUCAGACGGCGGAACUGGCUACGCUGGUGCGACGCCAAGCUGAAGGAGGUGGAGCCCAACCAGCUGGGACCAUUCGAGGCUUGAAUCGACAAUCGGAGGAGCUGGUAUUCCUCAUGAGAGCCUGCGGACAGUACAGCGUCCAGGUAGGGGCUGGAGAACAUGGACAGGCAUUGGCCAACAGUCUUUUAGCAGCCCAGGUUGGAGCUUCGACCAAAUUGCGAGCAGCUGGGUUCCGUCAGCGUAUGACAACACGCUUGGCGGUGGGAUUGGCUGGACCGUACUGGGGUUCAAACGAGAAGCAUGCGCUUUCGGCAUCCGACUUCCUCAGCUUCACCGAUGCGGAGUUGGACCAGUUUGCAUCUGAGAACAAGGUGGCAAAGGGGGCGAGCGAUCAGAGGCCUCCCCCUCCGAGCCGGUUUGAUGAAUGGGUUGCGAGAGUGAGGAGGCAGACCGAUGUUUGGUGCCUGGUCUAUGGAGAGGAAUGGAGAACGGUCAGGACUUCGGCUGUGGAUCUACUCUCCCAAUGGCACCUGGCCUAUCCCCACAGAUGGCCCCUGCACAUUAUCAUGGACCUCUGGGAGGAGUUGUCAUGGCGAUUGAUGGAGGACUUCAAGGAGAUCUUGAGGAAACUGAAGAAGGAGGUUGGACGCGAAACCAUGACGUUGAAUGAGCUCCGCUUUCAUGCUCUGCUGCCCGGCCCUGACGGUCAGGCGUGGCUACAGAUGCCAUCCACCUUUGAUUUGGAGAGGCCGGACUCAUGGUUCCAAACGGAGGUGAUCCCAAGGAUCGAAAGGAAGCAGGAGAGGUUGCUCUGGAACUUGACGUGGCAGAACGGAGCUCGACGGGAACGACCUCAAGGACAGAGUCCCCCCACGGCAGGAGGAGGAGAUACCGACAAGCCUACGUUGAAAAGCCUGUGGGGCCCGAAGCUGACGAGCGAGGAGGUUAAUAGAGCCAAAGAUCGGGCCCCCUUGGACAAGCACGGCAACCUCUUGUGUUGGGGAAACCUAUGCCAUGUAGGCUGCACCACAACAAACUGUCAGAGGUCGCAUGAUGGAUUGAGAGGCACCUUCGAGAGCUUAGACCCGUGUGUCCAGAUGCAAAUGUUGAAGAGAGGGGGCCUGAAGCGCAUGAAGAUUGAAACCAAGGACAGCGUCAACCACAAGAUCAAGGACAUCAGACAGAGAGUUGAGAAGGACCGCCAGGACAAAAUCCAGGAGUUCAAGGUCGACUACACGAGCCAGGAAGACAUGAAGGAUUUGGUUGCGGGACCCAACCUGAAAUGGGAGAAUGACGCCUAUCAGCCUGCCGUGCAGCAUGGAGGUCGAGGAGGUGAAAGCGCACCACAAGAGGCCAGGAGGUUGGUUCAGGAGGCUGAGAACCUGGGCAAGUCAGAGACACUGAAGCGCCUCGAGGGUGCUUCCGACGACCUCUACGCUUGGGCAGCGGCAAGAGUGGCACGUGACCCGGCUGUGGACUCCAACACCCUGUUGUCCGAGAUGGCAACCUACGGCCUUGGAGAAGUGGCAAAGGAGGCAGCAGAUUUGUUGGAGCAACAACCGGACUUGAAGGCUGGUUCAGCACGGAUGUGCAUAGGAGACAUGAGAUGGGCAGAUGGCUGCCCUGGACAAGGCACCAUGACACUGGACGGUGAAGCCUGGGAGGUAUGGGACUUCAAGGAGGAGAUUUGGAUGACGGAUGAGUUGGCAUCACUUCUCAAGGUCCCGGAGCCCGUGAUUGAGAAAAGGCAAUGCGUGACCUUGGCAGUGGCAGCUGGAAUCGUGUGGGCAGAAAAGGGGCAGAAGCCAGAGGCUCAGGAGGUUCAAAGGAGGGCACAGGACUACAGGUUAGAGCAGACAAGAUUGGCGGUGGAGGCAGCCCAAACAUUGGGAGAUCCUGACGAGGUCGUGACGGCAGUGGAGCAUGAGAUGCGGGUCUAUGUUCAUGACCUCACCACCGCGCACCACGAGAAAGACUUCAGGAGCCUGGCUGUCUUCCCCAUCAACGACCUACAGGAUGUCAAGGUGGUGGUGCUGAGAACCGACUACAGAGGAGGAGUGAUUGUCGAGAGUGUGGUGGGGCCCCACUGGAAGCCGGGAGGAACUAUGGUAUGGGUCCUUAUCCACAAAGGCCACAUGACACUCAUCCGCCCACCAUCGGAGGCAGUCGCAAAUCGGUUGAUCGAAGAGGAGGAGCACACUACCACACCGGCAUUUGGGUUCACCUUCUUCUGGCAUAGCAGGCAUGAUCAAACCCCAACUUCACCGGGAAAAACUCACUGCAGGCUGUGCCGAACAACUCGGAAGGCGGGGACGUGGACGGAUUGUUACAGGCAAUUCAGCUGCCUCGCUUCAAUGGCUUCUGUCGCAGGCACCAAUGAGGAGACCCAAAUCCUUCGAGGUGUGCGAGCUGCUGGAGGACCUCAUCAGAAGCAUGACCUGGUCAUGCAAGAAGUCUUUGCAGGGUCGGGCAGGAUCACAACCAAAUGGAGCGAGACAGCCCCCGCGGAGGAGCCGAUUGAGGUCUUUGAGGAGCCCCACAAGAAGAGAGGAUACAGGCAGGACCAUGACCUACUGUUGGAGGCCAACCGCAACAAGCUCCGCGAGAAAGCCCGGAAGGGGCCUGCAAAUGUGUGGUGGCUGGCAGCUCCUUGUACCAGCUUUUGCGACUGGCAGCUGCAGAACCAAGGAAGCCGAACGUUUCAGGAGCCGGAAGGAGGAGGAGAUGGACCGCAACAACAACGGGAACUGGACGGGAACAGUUUGUCAACCUUGACGGCUGAGAUUUUUGAGGACUUGCUCGAUGAAGGUGCUUUUCCUGUUUGUGAAAGCUCUGCGUCCUCGGGGCGAUACCCGAAACAAUGGGACCUUCCGGCUUGGAAGAAGGUUUUGACGCGGCCCGACGUGGAGUACAUCGAGUUCCCAAUGUGUGCGUUUGGCCUUGGGCCUCCGGACUUAGAAGGGCACUACUACGUCCACCGAACCCGACUGGUAUUUCCCACUCACAGACCCCUGCGGGAAGCGCUCCGACGUGUGUGCCCAGGCAUUGGCCCCAAUCAUCAACAUGUGGGCUUGAAAGGUUGCCGUCCAGGACAUGAGGUUACCAGAUGCACUGAAGCUGGUCAAGAUGAUGAGGAAGAGGGAAGUCACCAGGGAGAAGGACGAGAUGUGGAAGAAGAGGAAGGGCACCCACAGCCACCGCAUACGAGAAAUCACGAGACUGAAAAAGAGGAGGAUGCCCCGUCGUCUGGCUACGACCCAGAGGAGCCCAUCGAGAACCCCAACGAGGCCGAAGGGAACGAUAAGGAAAACGAAGGCUUGGGAAGGGACCAAGCUGAGGAGGGGAGCAUGGCCUCAGAGCAAGGUGAGGAAGAGCACGAGGAGGAUGACGUGGUUGUCUCUGUCCCAGUUCAGGAGGAUGAGGUGAUCGUCAACGUGUCGCCAGCCAACACUCAGGUGAGCUGGGACCCCGAGGAUGUGGACGAGGACGAGAACCAGACCAAACGGAGACGACUUGAAGCCGACAUUGACGCCAAUUGGGAGUUGGCACGCCCGAAGGAGAUUCCGGAGAUGUCAGAAGGGGAAUUGGAUGAGUUCAUGGAGCUGCUGACGGCGGUCACCCCUCCUGACAAAGCAGUACGAGCAGGAAGACCUGGAGGCUCUUCGGAUUUCGAGCCUGACGAUGAGAACUCGUUGGACGCAUGGCAUUAUGACCCGAGGAAGGGAAGGCUCACGAGAAUUCACAACGAGCUUCGAAGGAGGCUGUAUGUUCCCGGAGAUGCUGGACGCCCGGUAUAUCUCAGUAGCUUGAGGAGCUCCAGACGGACAUACCUGAAGAAUGAGAGGGGUGUCCGUGUCGUCAUUGAUGACCACUGGAGGGCAGCUGGAAAAAUCGAGAUUGGGUAUGGUUGGUGGACAGGCAGAACGAUCUUUACCGUCAAAGGUCAUCGCACUGUCGGGGAGGAGGACCGCUUUGAGUACCGACCCACAGAUGAUGAGGAGGACCUGGGCGAACCAUCAGAGGAAGAGAGCCCGAGGAGAUCGAGCCCGAGGACCAAGAUGACCCGGUCAAGAUCCAAAGGAGGAGCAGGCACAUCGGCCAACAGCGCAGGGCAUGGCCGGUCAGCAGGAUCCACAGAGGAAAUUUACAAGGCACCGACCGAAGGGGCGUAUGAGGCAGCGGAGAACUAUGUCAAGUACGUUGAGGAGGAGUUCGGCAACACACCUCAACGGUGGAUCGAGCUCGUGAACAAAGGCAAUUAUCUUUUGAGAGAAGCAGGCAGCGUCGAGAGGGCAGCGGAGAGUUUGUGGCAGGUGAGAGAACACCACGACCUGAUGAAUCUCAAGGGAGUUGAGUGCGAAGGAUUGCGUGAUCUACUUCAUCCUGAUCUGCUGGCCUACCUGAGGAGCGUGCGGCACUUUGGAAUGGAAGCCAGAUAUGUUGGCCCGAGACAGCGGGUCAAGGCCAAGCUGCACCCCAAUGCCAGACGCAACUUGGAGCAGGUCUACAAGCAGAUAUCGAAGGACGUCAAGAAGCACAGAGCACUGGUGGUUGACGGCAAUCUUGAGGAGUUGGCGGGCACGGUAUCAUCUCCCUUCGAGACGGUGGACAAGCAGAUGCCAGACCGGUCUAUCUCCAGUGAGAAGAGACUGGUGCACGAUCAAAGGACGGUGAACUGUGGGACGUCGAAGUUCUGGCAUCCACCGGCUCUGCAGCCAGCCCACAGCCAGAUCGCCCAGAGGAUCUUGUGGAUGAAGAGCAGAUGCCCGGGAAUCCCGAUCCUCCUGGCGAAGAAAGACAUCGCUGGUGCAUUCAGGCUUCUAUGGUUGAGACCAGCAGACGUGGGUUUGUUUGCUGGGGACAUUCCGUGGCAGCCGGAGAAAACAUUUGAGGAGACAUACACGGGCCCGAGCCCAUGCACGGGGGACAUCACGAUCCUCUAUUUGGUGUCCAGCUUUGGCUUCAGUGGCUCGCCAGGAGAAUGGAGCAUGUGGGGCAGGGCAACUGAAGAGUUUCAUCGGGCACAUCGACCCCUACAGCCGAGGAGGGACUUGAGCACGGGCUUCGAUGCGAAGGUCUUGGUGGACGACUGCAUAUUGGUGGAGCCCUGGGUUGGUCUUCGUCCUUGGGUGAGCGCGGAAGUUUUUGAGCAAGGGGUCGUGCAGUUGCUGGGUGACAAGGCGGUCAACCAGGAGAAGGACGAGAUUGAGGGAGCCUACAAAACCGCACAGACGGUGUGGGGUGUCAUCAUGCAGACCGACACUGAGAAGGCUCUGUUGCCGGAGAAGAGGAUCCAGAAGGGUGCAGAGUUGCUGACCGGAAGUGGGUUCGAUCACGGCAGCAAGACGCUGACUUUGAAGCAGCUUCAGCAAUUCAGAGGAAUUAUGACUGGAUGGUCUGCUAUCAUCCAGGGCUUGGCCAACGAGCUCAAGGCGGCUGACAAGUUUCUAGCUGGCAAGGAUGGAGGGGCUUGUAUCAAGGUGAACUACAAAGGAGAUGGCUCUCGAGAAUGGGAGGAGAGAACCGCAUGGGACGAUCUGUGGGAACUCUUCGAAGUCUGUCGUUGGCUCAGUGCCAGAUCAGAGAGAUGGGAUGACAUCUUCACUACAAGCAUGAGGGCCAUGCUGACACCCUUGGAUCGCCUGGUUUUGCCUGGGGAGUGGGAUGCCGUGAUCUUCGUGUCCUCUGAUGCAACCCCCACGGUCAUGGGAGCCAUCGAUUGGAAGAACAGAACCACGUUUCGGGAGACGGUGGAGAACAUGCAACCCUGGGUCAGGCGAGCCCUCACCGAUGAGGAGCAGGCAGAGGAGGAAGGGAGCUUGGUGAUUCACCUCAGUGAGAUGCUGUCAUUUGUGGCAUUUGCAUGUGCUAUGGGACCCAAGUGGCAGGGCAAGGUCAUCAUCUACGGGGGGGACAACACGGUGGUCCGGAAUUGGCUCAAAGGACGCAACAGCAGGGUCAGAGGAGGACGUCUGUUGAUCCGUGUCGUCAACUCGGUGGAGAUGAGAUGGGGCUGUCAGAUAUUGGCAGGAUGGUGGCGCACCUUUCACAAUGUGGAUGCGGACUUUGUCACGCGCUGCAGUGAGGAGCAGUUCGAGCACUUCGCCAAGGAGAAGGGCUUGGAAAUUGUCGAUGUGAAGGCAGCGGUUUUCCAGGCGCUCGAGGACUCCGAGAAGUUCGGCCUCACGUUCAUGCAUCAGGCCGACGAGAGUGACAGGCAGUGGCUGUUACAAUUGAAAGAGAGAAGGGUGAAGAGGCAGAUUCAGAGCGACUUCGGCACCCCAUGGGGUUGUGUGAAGGUCAUCGAAUGGACCCCUUUGGGCAGGCGAGUCAAGGACUUCAUCGACGCCGCAGGAGCACUGGGAGCUCGGCUGGAGGAUGAAGGGCAUGAUGGACCGAAGCUGGUAUGUGCCACACUGGGACUGGAUAUGCAAGGCAAGCAGAUGAGGAAGUUUCUGGCGGAGGUCAGCAGGUUGAACGCAUGGGUUGGCCUUGCGGAGGGACCCAGAAUGGUGGCAUGGGAGCUGGGAGAGCAGCUGUGUGAGAAGAGAGGCUGGGCUGGAGGCGUCAUUGAGUAUGUGACGACGGAGCAUGGUGAGGCAAUGGCGAGGAGGAGGAAAUGCUUGGUCGUCUUCCCCAAGGGCAAGCUGAUUGAAGGUUGGGAAGGUUUUUUCGUGAGAUCCUGCCAUCCAGUGGCAAUGCAGAGCGUCCUGAAGAGCAAGGAGUGGGACGACCGGGUCUGGCAGCAACCGGAGAUGUUGAUCCUGGAGAGUGGCAUACCGAGGGAAAGGAUGUUGCCUUGUCCGGUGGGCCAUUAUUACUGGGAAGAAGGAGGCGAGAGGUACACAUGCCAUGGCAUGGGAGGUCCCGCCCUGUGGCCCAAGUGGUCGGAGGAGACGAAGAGCUUCGCCGACCUCUAUGUGCACGACCGGAGGGGACCCCCUGGACAUGUGAGGAAACUUGAGGCCGAAGAGAUCUGGAUGCUGCAGGGUAGACAGCGCCACGACUUCAAGAGCUUGGCACAGGAGAUUGGAGAGUCCCGUGCGAUUGAGGAGGGCAGUCGAGCCACUGGUGGCCAGACAGCUGCAAAUCUGAUCGUAGGCGCGGGAGCCCUCGUGGGCAAGAUCAUCGAACAGGAAGCAUGCAAGGCAGGAGCCAGCCCCGAUGAUGUUGGAGCCGAUGCACUAGCUCAGAUCCUGAUCUGGUUGAGACGAUGGCGGAGAGGAGAGUUUGGGAAUCCUGCAGAGGGCAGGAAAGCUGGAGGCAGCAGUGAGGAGAUCAUCGUCUACAGGUGGGUUGAGGCUUGGUGGAUUGGAAUGCUGGAGCCAGAGGAGCAGAGUGAGGAGAGCGAUCGAAGAGCAGGCGGCAGACGAAAAACCACGCAGGAGGUGGCCGAGCACGUCGCCAAGAAGGUCGUGGAAGGCAUUGGUCUCCAGGUGAGACCCUUCAGUGGAGAAGUCGGGGAACGAGUUGAGGAGUGGCUCGAGGAGAACAUGACAGGCGACAAGAGCGUCGCCACGGAGAAGGCUUACGCAGGAGCUUGGGCCAAGUGGUGUGCAUGGGCAAAGAGGCAAGGAUGGCUAUCAGAGUACCUCAGUAAGCAUGAGGAGGCGGUCAACAGGGAGAACAAGCUGCUGGCCUACGUGGGGUACCUGGGAUGGUUGGGCUGCUCUGUCAACACCAUCCGUCAGGCAAUCUUCGCCAUCAAGACGGCACACAAGAGGAUUGGUGAGGGUGACAUCACAGAGGGCAUGCACAGAAUUUGGAUUCUGCUGGGGGGCCUCGAUCGACGCAACACCACCAGGAAGCCACGUCGGUUGGGAGUCACCCAAGAGAUGAUCAUAUGGUUGGGCAAUCACCUUGUGGCGCCGCUGGAGGACCAGGUCCACAACCCGACAUUUGCAGAUGCGGCGACAAUUUUUGCCGCAAUCACAACGGCUUGGUUCUACAUGCUCAGGGCGAAGGAGUAUGCGGAGUCGAACGGAGUUGACAUGGACAUGAUCGUCCGUGGCUGCGACAUCCGACUGGCAAAGCAGGGCAUUGCGGUGGAACAUGGUGAGGAGGAGGUCCACCUGCAGUUCAGGAAGACGAAGACAGAUCAGCUGGCUUUUGGGGACAACAAAACCUUGCAGGCCACAGGCGUUCCGUUUCUAUGCCCUGUCGAAGCACUGGGGAGAAUGAGGAGAACGUGGCCAGAUAGGUUCCGCCAAGGACACCCAGAAAGUCUGCUCCCUCUCUUUCGCUGGGCAUCUGGUGGGGUAGUCCGCCGGUUGGAGAUCCAGCACCUGUUGCAACGUGCUGCGGUGGCGGUUGGCCUUCCUGGAGACAGGUUCUUGAGCCACUCAUUGCGCAUAGGAGGCGCAACGGCGCUCUAUCAGGCGACCGCCGACAUCGAGCUUGUCAAGAGGCUGGGACGCUGGUCAUCGUCGGCUGUGCACAGAUAUUUGGCCGACGGUGGAGAAGUUUCGAAGGCAUCCGAACGGAUGGCAAAGGCCCGAGUCAACUAUGGAUGA